GCAGACGCAUACAGUUGACGUUGCACGAAAACAACACGAACGCUGUAUCCGUGUUAUUUAUUUCGUUUUCCCUGUGUCCUUAACAUUAAGCAACCCUUUCCCAGCUUGAACAUCCAUGAUGGAGCUGGUCAGUUUUGUGGGCAGUCUCUGUACCCUCUCCUCAUUCACCUUCCAGCUGGUUGGCAUGCAUGUGUGUUAUGGCAUCAUAAAGAAAGGCAGCUUAGGGGAUAUGUCAUCUUUCACCUUUAUAUCGUAUUUUGUAGCGUGCGCAGUUUGGCUAAAGUAUGGUCUUAUCGUAAACAACUGGGUCCUCAUAGCAGUCAAUGCAUAUGGAGCCUUCCUCAACUUUAUAUACACCAUGAUCUUCUACAGAUACAGCGUUAAAAAGACCCAGAUUCACAGAUUUUUCCUGCUGGGUGUGGCAAUGACGAUAUCGCCCCUCACAUAUGUGAAAUAUUACCAGACAGACUCGAGUAUGGCCCUGAAUCACCUCGGCUCAUACUGUGUGUGCCUCACGGUCAUCGGCUAUGGGGCUCCGUUGAUAUCAUUGGUGGACGUUGUGAAAUCAAAGAGCACAGAGAGUCUAUCAUUUGUGCUGAUACUGGCCAACUUGGGAGUGGGGAUACUGUGGACCAUAUACGGGGGCCUGGUGGGGGAUAAAUAUGUACAGGGACCAAAUGGGCUUGGUGCAGUUUUAGCCUUAUUACAGCUUUCAUUAUUCGCUAUAUACCCCACAAAACAUAAAAGUAAGGUCAUACACAGUUAACCAGGAAUCAAGAAAGCCAUGUUUGUUCAUAACCUUAACUCAAGACAUCUGUGUUCAUUUUAACAUGUACAUCUGUGGGCUGUUGCAUCGAGAACACUUACAAGACAGUGUUAGACACUGGUUUUGUGCAAGAUCUGUCAGACUUCUCACUAAAAUGAGCCGUCUGAGUGAAUGGCAUGGGAAGAAUUAAACUGUCAAAUAUAGAGCACUAUUUAAAUCUAAAUUAGUUUCAAAAUAAUUUCUGUUUGACAGUUAUGAAGCUUUCUGAAACUCAAGGAUAUUUAUAGAUCCAACAUAGAAUUCAUAGUUUAACUUUCUGUCUCCUUUUGCCUGACUUAGGAGUCUGACGAACUCCAAUGCCACGAAAUCUAGGAGCUGGUGCCAGAAUUUAGAAAUCUCUCUCAUGCUCUAACUUCUUUAAGUGUCGCCCUGUAGGGGCGAUUUCCAACCAAGUGCAGAACUACUCCUCUCCUAGGCAUGAAAUCGCUCCUAGGGUCCUUUAUGAAACUAGCCACAGAUAUGUUGUCUCUUAUGGACUGUGCAAUAACUUGUGAUAUUUGUUGAGAGUAUUGCCUAUUUGUGUAGAUUUUAAGUUCGUUAUUAUAGUUGAUCUAUAAUUAUUGGAACUGACCCAAUACUUCAUUGUUUUAAUAAAGUAUUGUAUAUUUAUUUACAUUUUAUGAGGUUUGAAACAUUUUAUCUGCAUUUUUCCGAGGGGUGCUUUUCAAGCAAACUUGAAUCACAAUAGAUGGUUGAAUAUGUGAUCUUCAUGUACAUUACUUACAUUUAACUGUCAAGUUAAUCAAUGCAAUUUAUAUGGCAGUCUACAGUAUAUAUAUUUUCUUUUGAAAGCAUUUAUCACAUUUAAUAAAAAUGUUAAAAUGUGCUUUUGCAGUGACUGUGAGGUCUGCCAUGCAUAUUGAAUCGCUGUAUAUUUUAUUUGAGCUUGAUGUCAAGCCAUGGGCAUUUGUAGUUUGUUUUGGUGCUCUUUCAUCGAUUGAUUGUCUUAGAUUUAAAACUGCACUCUCAACAGAUUAUUCGUGUUGAUAACUUUUUUGUUGUUUGUCUUUAAAAUGAGUAAAUUUUUGCGAUUAUGUCUGGAAACCAUUGAUAUAAGCCUGCGGCCAAAAGAUCAGAUCAGUGUUAAUCACAUUUAAGGUAUGUUUGAAAAUUGAUGUCUUAUGGCUAAAAGUGUUAUUAACGCUUUAAUAAGAAAAAUGAAAUUUUCUGCAGUUACCCAUUUAAAUUAGAUCAGGGGCCGUAUUCAAUAAGCAGCUUAGAUUGAACUAAAAUUUAAGAUAAUAAAUUAGAAAGAUGAGUGCUUUGAUUGGUCUGUAUAUUUAGCUGACCAAUGGGCUGAAUGGAAUCACUGAGGCAUGUCUAGGAUAAGGAUAAGAUCAAUAUGGAAAACUGGCCCUGUUCUAAUAUGAAUUUCCUAAUAUGACUGAAAUGAAGAAAUUGAUGCCAAAAUCAGCCUAUUCUGACACAAAAAAAUAAAAAGUCUCAAAACUGACACUCUGUGGGAGUGCAGCUUUCAGCUAUUAAUGGCGAAACUCUGAAGACUGUUGGGUCGUUAAGUGUUGGGCGAUAUUUAUUUCUAAUAUUACAAUUCAUAUGAACAUAAGUCCUACAAUGUAGAAAGAACUAGUUUCUCACCCCCAAAACUUGUUCACUAGGUGGGACCAAAUAUAAUCUACUGGGGCCGUAAUUAUCAAGCAUCUUGAGUCAUUUCAUAACUUAAGUCAGUACCUAAGUCAAAUUAAAAGAAAUGUAUAAGUGUUUUUAACAUAAAAAGAUGGGGUUUUUUCAAUUAAGUCAAUGCUCAUUUUGUAUUUCAUAAAUGAUAAGUUUUUAUGUAUGACCAAAGAGAUACUUAAUUUAGGAAAGUGACUUAUGUUAGGAAAUGACUUGUUGUGUAUGAAUACCAGCCCUGGAUCAAUUUGUACAUUUAGUGGAGAUUUUUUUUCUCACUAGAGUGCUCUGGAGCCAGAAUAAUGUAUUAUCUAAGCAUUUAUGUAAGGAGUCUUCAGAAUGAUGCCAGAAUUAUGUGUGUUCAUAAUUUGUACCUUUACCAAAUGAAAUUCUUAAGUAUUUAUAGUGUAUGGAUGUUGUCAUGACCGUUCAAAGCCUUUGGAUCUUGUGUUCAUAACAUGUUUUUGCUUAAACAAUUACUGAUUACCAAGUAAUCUAGGCUUAACUUAAGUCCUAUUUCCUAAAAUGUUCAUUGUCAAAUUAAUGGAAAUGGAUUACCGGUAGUGCUUUAACAUAAUGUUAUUCAUUUGUGUUUGGCUUGAUGUAUUCAACAUUCUAACAAUUUAAAGGCAGAAAGUAUAUUAAUCUCGGAGCUAUUCAUGUACUUUUUUUCUUUCUGAUUGCAUGUAUUGACCUGAGUUCAAGGUAAAACAACAAUUAAUAGUUUGCAUUACUCAGACUUAAACAAGAUAUUGACCUAAAGUAGCAUUCUAAUGUUAAAUAUAGUAAGGGCAUCCUGGACUACAACUGGGCACGUAGCAUUUAGUUAUAACAUUAUUUUUGAAAUUGUCGGGUUUUAGCAUCAAGUCAAAUGCAUGAAAUAAAAAACAACAACAGUAAAUGAACUUCAAGUUAUCUUUGACCUUAUAGCCAUGUGACCCCAUGUGCGUGGACAUUCUGUUUGCUGUCACAAUAAACCAUGACCUCAUAUUUGUCACUUACAUCAUUCUUGUUUUACAAGACCCAUUUUAGCUUGUCACAGUUCAUAUGAGCCGCAUCGCGCGAUUUGGGGCAUUCAGACAUAAUUAUUACAAUUGAAAUAAUCAGUUAUAAAAAAAAUAUUUUGCCAAAAAUAUUUAUUUUCAUCUGACGGAUUUUCAUUGGCGCAUCAUUUUCUCAAAGAUUUAUGACCAUUGGUUUACUCAUUUUUCCAAAGCAACACGGAUCUUGUCCCAACUUAUUUUGACUGCAUUCAUAGUCUGUUUUUAAAACAGCCCAUUGGAUUAAAGAUACGAAAAUGAAUCAUCAAUACUUUAUUUAUGUUCCAUAGAGAUUCCGUGUUAAGAAAACCACUAAAAUUAUAAGCUAGCUACAUGUAUAAUAUUGAUACAUUAAUGUUGUUGCACGACAUUUUAAUAAUGUACUUUCAUAAUGGUGUCAUGUGCUUGAUAUCAAGUUUAGUAUUGAAAAUGUGCAAUACAUGGUCUCACUUGAAAACAUGUAAAAAAAUUGUGGGAUGUGGCUCAUAUAUUGAAACAUUAUAAUGAACAUAAAUCAUUGUACAUGAUAACCUGUUAUUUUUCUAAUUGCACUCAAUUGAUAUCAUUAUUUUACUUAAGUUGUUCAAUAUUGUAUAAUUUUUUAUAUGAUACCUAACUCAAAUGGUGCUAUAAUGUGUAAUUGUUCUAAAACUGAUAUUGUAUGAAUUCCAGGGGAUUGAUAAAUCUGAUGUUAUUUGAAAUGGUGUAUAUAGUGCAUUAAACUGUCCCAAUCCAUAGUCGGCAUCUGAAGUCCGCACCCGUGUUACACAUCCACAAUAUCAAACCCAAAAUCAUAUUUCAUCGUGCCCGCAAAAAGAAUAAAUAAAAUUGUUCUUGACUAAGUAGAAAUGUCAUCUGGCAAUAAAAAUGUCAUUUUAUUUCCAUAGUCCCAAUUAUAUUUCACAUUAAAUUUUAUUGAUACUCAUGUUUGAUAUUAAAAUGUUAAAUUUUUUAUUUAGGAGAAUGUUUGAAUUGAACAAAAACAUAUUGAAAAGUUUUAUUUCUCCAACUGUUUUCCUUUAUGACCAAGUGUUACAAUUACUUUCAAUGUUCAUAAAAUAGAGAUUUUGCCACUAUUUCUAUGUAUUUAAAAACAAAGCAUGUCCGUUUUUGGCUCGCAUUUGUGAAAAUCUCUCACUGCAGGUCCUUCUUUGAUUGGAUGCACAUACAGACACAUGGAAUAAACCCAAUUGUAGUUUGUUAUUUGUUUUUUACUAGCCAAAGGCUAGUUUAGAAACAAUUUUGAGUUUCAUUAGUUAAAGUGUACUGAAAUUAUAAUGAAAUCACAAACAAAAUAUUUGAAUGAAGAUGUCCUUAUGUUCUAAUUGGUAAACAGUAUGAAGUAAAAUUUCACUGUGACUAAACAUUAGUACCGGAUUUUGUUUUGUUUUGUUUCAUUCAGUACACGCUUUUAUUCCUUUCAUUUCAGGAGCUUAAGCACGCUAUUGGCCGGAAUAUUCAUUUCAGUACUUUUAUUCCAUCAAUGGAAUUUGCUUGAACUCUCAAUAUUCUUGAUUCAAAUUGGAGCUUGCUUUGUUGCAUUUAGUGCUUUUAUUUGUUGCAUAAGUUUAAAUUUUAGCUUGUCUUGAGUUUGUUUUUUAAGAAUAAAGAGUUAUUGUCUUAGCUAUGGUUUCAUUCUUGGCUUCAAAAUGCAGAAACUUUGAUUUUGGCAAUUACUAAAUAAAUAAGUAUUUAAAUGAAACUUGGUACACAUGUUGCCAGAUGUAACAAUACACACAUGCAUAGCCAAGCCCUUUUUAGACUGAAAUCCAACUGACGAGUGAUUGUUUUUAAACCCCAGCAAUCUCGUUUCUGUAAAUGCUGGCCAUUUAUAUGAUUAAAGCAUGUAUUAUUUACAAUUUAUUUAGGUUAUGUUUUCGUUGUUCCCUUUAAAAAACUUAUUUGAAACUUUACAAUUAAGAAAUGCCAUUGGACAUCUCAAAACACUUGGGGCAAUGUUGACAAUGUUCGUACAACACAAGAUCAGGAACGUCAUUUAGAUAGUAUGCCUGAGUGUUUCAAAUUAAAUUGAACAUUUUUCUUAGAAAAUCAAAAUGUUUAACUUACUCAUACAACUAUUACUUUUGUGAUAGAUAUUAUUAACCACACAGAAAUGUCAAUAUGAAAAAUAGUUUGUAUUAAUGGGCCAAUUGUAGUACUACUGUAGUAUGUAGUACUAUGUACCAUAGCUUAAUUUCUUUCUCAGGAAAAUCCGUAGUACAUAGGUUUACGAUUACAAUAUAAUGUUAUGUUAACAUGAACAUGUACAUGUAUGAAAUCAAUGUUGUUAAUGUAUGUUAAGUAUUGAUUUAAAAUAAAUGUUACCAUGUACGAUAGUGUUAAAGUAACUGUUAAAAGUCAUGGGUCAUGCAUUACUGAAAUCUUGCAACAAGAUAAAAUUGAUGUUUUGCAAAUUUGAUGACACUGUUAAUAUGUUUGAAGGUUAUACUAUAUAUUUUUGUAUAUCUGCCUUUCAAUGACCAGAUAUUUCCUUUCUAGCCUUGAUAAAAUGCCUUAUUAUUCAUGCACCAGUGGUCAAACUUAGCACAAUCCUGCAAGCCGGGCACUGGUAAAAUCCUCCCGGGCUUGCUAAGAUUCUGGAUUUUACAUAGCAACUUGGAGGCUUUUUCAAAAAUUAGAUACCAUUGAAGCAAUAAGAAUUCAGUUUUGUUCAAAAUAAAGUCUAAUUUCGAUGACUGAUGCGCAUGCCGAAAACAAUGCUCAAUUUUGCUGUGUAAGUGUUUAGUAUUUGUCAUAAUUCAUGUAAUUAUAAUCAUAUGAUGUUUUCUGAAUGAAAUGUGAUACCAGUGAGAUAAACACAAAUGUUUAUUUAUAUCUGCCUAUAUGUCACUACUAUAAAUAAUAAACACAAUGUUAAUA